AUGGGCCUAGCUGCCUGUCGAUCCCGAGAGUUGACACGCUCUGUAUGUCGCGCUGCAGCCAAGGAACUUGCCUGUAUAGGGGUCAACUGGCUUGUCGGACCCGUUUUCGAUGUGCACUCAGAUGCAAAGCCACAACCAAUGGGGGUCCGGUGUUUUGGAGAAUAUCCAGAAAUCGUAGCUGAGCAGGCUUUGGAGUCUAUGUUGGGAUACCAGGAGGGUGGACUUCUAACGUGCAUCAAGCAUUUUCCAGGAUUUGGAAAUCUUGACUUUGUAGGAUCACCAGCUGAUAUACCAAAUGUCUCUGGUACCUUCGAUCAGUUGCUGUCAACCUCUUUAGUACCGUUUCAAACUGCGAUCGACAACGGAACAGACUCGAUCCUGGUUGGGGCUUGCGGAAUGCCUGAUGUCAAUGAUGCGCAGAUUCCUUACUCAUGCUUAUCCCAUGCAGUUGUCACUGGCUUAUUACGACGCCGCAUGGGUUUUGGUGGUGUAAUUUUAUCAGACUGUCUCGAGAUUGAGGCGUUAUAUGAAGGAGUUGGGGUUAGCCAGGCUGCGGCAAUGGCAAUCAAUGCUGGUUGUGAUGUGAUCAUGCUAUGCCAAAGUCAUUCCAACCAGAUCGAAGCUAUCCAGGGAAUUAAGACCGCCAUUGGAUCAGGAUUGCUAUCCAAAGGUCAUGUUCAGGCUGCAGCAGGUCGUGUACGAAGAAUGAAACAGCGGAAACUGUCGUGGGACAACGUUUGGAACCUUGGCGGACUAUCCGCUUUGGACGUGAUGAAGCCGGCACAUAGACUGUUGUCGCGGUCGGCAUAUGAUGCUUCUAUUACACUGGUCAGGGACUUGGGUCACUGCAUUCCUUUGGCAAAGAAUAGUGCACCAACUGAUGUGCUACUACUUUUAACUCCAUUGGUGGAACCAUUUGAACGACCAUCCAAAAGCGAGGAAGAAUCGCAACAAGCUUCGUCCACAUCUCCAACCAGCCCAUCAAAACUGGUCAAUAUAGCGAGACAUCUCAAUCACCGACAAAAAGGAUAUCUAGAGGGUGAGAGUACUUUUCAAGAGCUGGGUGUUGCCCUGGCAAAGAGAUGGCGUGGCAAGGUAGUUCACACCUCAUAUACUGCAAGUGGAAUUAGUCCACUCCAUGAACGGCUGGUUUCGGAAGCAUCAGCAGUAGUCUUGCUUACAGCUGACGGCGUCCGUAAUGUCUAUCAAUAUGGCUUUACGAAGUAUAUAGUGAGUCUUUGUCAAGGAAGUCAAAACCAGUCUCCAGCGGCCUCGUCCACGAUCGGCCUCCCAGAAAAGCCUUGUAUCGUUGUCGCAGUAAGCUCGCCAUAUGACUUCAUGAACGACCGACAAGUCACAACAUAUCUAUGUACAUAUGAUCUGACAGGUCCACCUCUGAACACUCUUGUGCGUGUUCUUUUUGGAAAGCUAAAGGCUACUGGUCUUCCUCCGACGGCACGACAAACAUCUCCACGUUCAAAAGUGCAGAGGCAACUAUGUUACCAGCCGCUGUUUGAAGCAGAGCAUUUCAUCGUCCGUAACAGCAGUACCCAGAAGAUUUACGGGUUUUGCGCAACCUACUUCAACCAAAACCUUUCGCGCGGUAUUAUUGCCGCCAUUGUGGUAUCCACAAGUCACAGAGGCAAAGGCAUCGGUUUUUCAUUACACCAAUAUGCUAUGCAUAGUCUGGAACAACGCCGUGGGAUUGAAGUAGUGCAGUUCGGGUCGGAAAUUCCCGUUAUAUUCCCAGGUAUACCAAAUAGGUUGAGCACCCAUCAACUGGGUCUUCGAAGUUGGGUUAGGAACAGGGGCUGGGAUGUCGGAAACUGGGAUCACCACGAUUUCUAUGCGAUACGCCUCGUGAAUGACUGGCAACCGAUCUCAACACCGGAAAAGAUUGCUAUUGACAACGGAUUCUUUUAUGACACCGUUCAGACCCAAGACCACGAAGAACUGAACCAGCACCUGCUCAUUCAGACUUGCUUCGGCGCCGGUAACUCAUUACUACGCCACCCGGUCGUUUUAUCGGAGCUUUAUCGCAGGUACAGAGCGCGCAACGGCGGUGGAGACGAUGCAACCACCGUUGCUGUCUUGAAUCAGCGAAGCAGGCUGAUCACGAUGUCGGACCUCGACUUAGUUGAUAAUUUGGAGGAAGAUGAAUUGUCGGAGAAUGGAAUGGUAUCCGACUUGGGUAUUGUCGGUGCGGUGCAGGAUGGGGAUGAGCACACACCUGAACUUUUAUCAUUCGAAGCCCAUGAACAGUUUCAACCAAGAACGGCAAGCAACGAAACCUACUUGACAUUCCAACCUCUCAAUCUCUCUCAAUCCCAGGCUUUCAAGGAUUUGGUGGAUGUUUCGUUAGUCUCAAACAUAAAGAUUCAGGCAUAUCUACGGGGUCGAUUCACACAUAAUGACGAAGCAAGUUUACCCAGCACUCAUCGCGAGAACGCUGUCGAUAUUGCUAAUGGCACUGAUGAUAAGGACACGAUUGGUCUUAUCUUCUAUCGUCGCAACAAGUUCAAGGUUGUUGGAACAAUAUCUGUCCCGACCACAGUUACCAGUGUCAAGCAUGGGAUGUUCAGAGACUCCCGAAUAACUGGUCUUUAUGCCGAAUUGGAUGCCAUAGAAAGCCUCGAAGGUGUCCCGGUGCGCCUUAUACACACAAAUCCAAAGCCAAAAAUGACAUCAAAGUCAUCGCAGUUGGACCCAUCAAUUGAUCAGGGCGGUUCUAGUCGAAUUUUGACGCCACGAACAGCACAAGGCCUUCCUCGGGUUUGCCUUUGGCAGGAUAAAAGUGACCAGGAUGGAGACCCUAGCCCAAACACGGCUGAGGACAACUCAGGAUUACCUAUUCCCAUUUUCUGGGACAAACUGCAAUUCCGUCAUGCCACAGCAAAGAAGCGUGGAUAUAAUGAUCUUCAAUGGCAGGAUGGGGAUGAAAACGCGGGAGAGCUCAGUACACUGAAUGGGUAUCUUGACAGUGAAAAUCUCAUGAACACCUCUACCAGAAAUACCCAGAGCAUGGAUCCUAGCAACAAUCUUUUGAUCCCAUCUUCUGAAACACAUCUGCUCCCAAGUGUCCCUAACCUCGGUUCAAUAUUCAACCUACCAGAUUCUUUGUCUUCGUUAUCUGCAAAUUACUCAAGCUCACAAGAUGCUCACGGUGCAACUUUAUCUUCGUUCGCGUCUAUGCCCCUGAAUAGUGGCAUGGAUGAAGCGGGAUCUUCUUCCCUUAUUUCACCUAGAUCUCUUGAGAAUCUGGGUCGUAAACCUACGUCUUCCGAAAAGCCGAAUACCAUGGACGAGGAUGAGAGCGAUUUCACGGAUGACGAGCGUAAGACCUAUUCUUAUGAGUAUAUCCCACUAUCUAUCAAUGACUGGACAGUUCCAGUUGACGCAGUUUAUCGUCCGCAUGGAGUACAUGCCAGGAAGGUACCCAACACGGAGAAGUCCGUAAUGAAGAAACGAUACUUUAUUUCGGCGAAAUAG